CACACACCACACAGAGGUACAUAUGUAUAUAUAUCUCAAUAUUUUGCCUUUGCUGAUUACACCUGCCGCUCGUCAAGCAACACGUCCUGUGAUACCGACAACCUUAAUGCACUUAUCGACUGAUUUGAGAUGUGUUAUUGUUUGUGUGAAUUUGACUUUUUUACCGAAAGAAUAGACGGGAUUCUGCGCUCACCGUACAUUUGUGAUGAACAUUAGCAGUUUUAAGCCGUGUCCUAAAUGCCUGCUUUCUGAAAGUUUAAUGAAGAUCGUCAGAACGUCAAUGGCAACGUACAACUUUACCGUGCCCGAAGACGAAACGAUGAAUUUCAGUUCCACAGCCUCUUACGAUACUUCUACUGCUGCUGUUGUAACCGUAAAUGUCAUCGAAGUGAACGACGCUCGCAAUGCCGCCAUUUUUUGUGGCCUUAUGAUUCCUUGUGUUUUCACGGGUGGGUUCGGGCAUGUGAUGGUGCUGUUGUCUAUCUUCUACCAUGAGGAGCUUUACCGGCCACUCAACAUUAUCUUGGCAAACCUGACAGUUGCGCAGUUCUGCAUGCUGUUCAUUACCGUUUUCGGAAGCACCGUCGUCAUGUUAAAUUAUUCCGAUUACUCCAUUAACAUCAACCAGCGGGACAUCGUGGGAUUUCUCACCAAACUCUUUUCGACGGCCACCUCAGUAUUUUACGGACUGAUUGCCUUGAACCGCGUGAUGGCCACUAUUUACGAGACACUGUACACGCGGAUUGACGCAUGGAAAGUGGUAUGGAUUCUGAGUAUUUCCGGCUGGUUCCUCUCGCUUUUAGCGGCGCUUAUUCCGUGGAUGGCGCCCAGUUUGACGGGUUUUACCUGGGACACGUAUUUCGUCCUAGGUCAUCCGUGGUUUGCCGCCACCAAUAAAGACGCCGGAUCUGCCUUAUCCUGGAUUCUGAUGUGUGCAUAUUUCUUUAUUCCCUCCAUUUGUGUAAUAAUGUGCUACUGCGCGGUGUUUGCUCGUUGGACUAACACCCAGCAGUUGGCCGGUGUGCCGAUUAACAGUCAGAAGGCGAUUAAUUUGCGUGAUCGUGCGCGUGUAUUGUGGAUGUUGGCCAUUACGUCCAUCGUAUAUUUGUUAUGCUUUUAUGCCACAUACAUUUUCUGGUCCACUGGCCCGCAUUCCAAAGCAGCCAAUUAUUUUUUUCUAUGGCUAAUUUACGUUGAAAACGCUGUCAACCCGGCACUGUACGGAGCCAUUUAUCCGAAAUUUCGGGAAGCAUAUUUCCGAGUGGCUCUGUGGAUUCUGCGUCGAUGGAGUUGUCGCAAGCCGUACGGUGACACGCGCCGGAUAUUUCCGGUGGGCGGCGAUACCGUCGGCUCGCCACCGUCUGUUGUCUUUCAAAGCGCGAAAAAUAGCAUCAUUUUUCAAAACAGUACUCUCAAUGGGGCCGCAGCGUCGUCAGCAGGGAACGAUAAUCAAUUUAUAACUGUUAAACAAUUGCCCACCUCGGCGAAAAAUUUUGAGCUCAAAAUUAGUGAAAUCUCUGGUUCUGUGAACAGCAGAUCUCAUCAGGAUCAAAGCACUCACGACAAAUUUUGAAUUGCAAUGUCUUUUUAAUUUUGUACUAUGAUUAUUGGGUGAUAGCUACUAGAAUAAACUUAAUAAAUGUUAUAAUGGUGAA